GCAUUCUAUCCACAAAAAAAGCAGAGCUUCAAGAUUAAGAUAAAAUGAACAUCCAUGCAAAUUUAUUUAACAUUUAAAACAAUAAUAAAAUAAAAUUAGUAGUUAAUCGAUGCCUGCAGCCUUAAUCUUUGCCAUCUGAUUCUUAAAUUCCUUCACAGCAUAAGUCAUCUUUUCAAUACACUUUAAUGAAACCUUUUGUUUGUGGACUUCCUUGAAGAUCUCAUCAAUUAUUAAUCCGUAGUGAGUCAUUUGUGAAAUUGGAUCGAAGCUGUAUGGGAAUUGGUAUUUUUGUUCAGCAUAAGUCAUUAAAUGAGUAUAGAAGUUAUUGCGCUUUAAUAUUGACUCCUUUUCGAUAGUAGAAUGCAGUAUGUAUGGAUAGAAAGUGCCAUUUUUGCAAAGACUAGCUAAUUUCUUAGCAAAGUUUAAGAUUUGUAUUGUUACAUCUGAUGUUUUGUCGUUAACACAUGCCUCAAUGAAUGGCUGGAAGUCCUUAAUAUGCAUUUCGUAGAUCGACUUAACAUUUCCAAAAACUGAUGUAAUUAAAGCCUUUCUUUCAUCCUCAGCCAUAAAACGAGCCUCAAAUUCCAACUCAUAAAUGUAAGAAUCAAUUAUCUUUUUCAUCCAAUCAGUGUAUUCCUUAUCUUUUGUUAAAAUGGUUUGAAAAAGAUCCAGAAGAUCAGAAUUUUGUUGCUCAUUAUUUUUCUCAAAAGAAGGUAUUAAUUUCCUCGAACUAAGCGGCGUUUCUACUGUUAAACGAUUACGCAAUGCUUUAUCAGUACACUUUGCUAUGUUUUCCUCAUAUUUUGACGAUAAUAUCUUUACUUUUGGAUUAUCGCCACACUGUAAUUGAAACAGAGUCGGUGAAUUGAAUUUAUCAAUGGUUUUCGAUGGAGUUAACAGCAUAUUUUGGGUCCUUUUGAUGCCUUCCUGCUUCUUCUUUUUCGUACCUUCGAUGUGAAUAAAUUUACAAUAAAAAGUAGCAAAAAUGAAAAGACUAAUAAGGAAUAAGAGAAACAUUUAUGUGCCGUCAUGGAACCGAAUAGCACUUGUGUGUCUAUUCUCAUUACAAAUCAUUAAAACUGUAUCAACACAAAGUACAAAAGAAAAUAUAAUUCUUGAAGAAGAUGUAAGACAAAUAAGAGCUUUAGAGACGCAGGAAGCUCAGACGGAUUCUGCCUUCGAUUCAUGUCCGAUGUGCAAUCUUAGUGAGAUGCCAAUGGAUCUAGCUGAGAAAAUUAAUGAAAUAUCUGAUGUAGAUAUUUUCAUUCAAGAUUUCGUCGAUACAACAAAUUCACUCUCAAAUGUAUCAUCAACAUUCACACAUCCAGCUAAUAGAAAAAGAAGAGCAGCUGCAAGUAAUCAGUUGCGACAGGCAACAUGUCAACCAGUAGAUACCGUAAUAAGUCUAAUUCCAAAGGACGAGAGAGAUCCAACAAUUUAUUACUUUCCUUCAUGCGUUAUCGUCAAACAAUGUGGAGGGUGUUGUGCGCAUUCAGGCACAAGUUGUACUCCAACAGAUGAGACGGAAAAGCAAAUUACAGUUAAAAAGACAAAGUUCGUAAAUGAGCCGAAACUGGCAAAUUUAGGGGACGUAACGAUGACAAUUAAGGAGCACAAUAAAUGUAAAUGUCUCUGUAAAAAAUCUGCAUCAGAUUGUAAUGGCUUGCAGAGAUUUAUUAGAAGUCAGUGUCGCUGCGAAUGUACUAAUUCUAAAGAGGCGGAUCAAUGUGCACAGAAUCCAAAGAAAUUAUUUGACAGUAAUUCAUGCGCUUGUGUCUGCCGUGACACAAAAUACUGCGAUCAUGGAUUACGUUUCGAUCAAGAGACGUGCUUAUGUCAACCGACGGGCUAAUUAAUAUAAAUCUUUUGAAACUUGUAUUUAUCUUUAACUUGUUAGCAAUGUAAGUAUUGCGAUUCGUGUGUGUGUGUGAGAAAGUGACUAAUAGCAAAUUUGCAACUAAUUCUCAUUAAAUAAUUUAUUGUAUGAUCACAAGAUAACCGAUACUACUGAUGAGGACGAAUAUUCCCUCCAGUUUGGGGAGCACUCAUAUUCAGUAAUUAAUGAAACAUUUGAAGCAACAGACGAUAACAAAUAUGAAACCGAUGAAAGUAUAACGACAACAUCAGCAUAAUUAGUCACCAAGAAUCGAUCAUUAUAUUUAAUAAUAAAUAUUUAAAUUAAGUAAAUGAAUAGUUUGAAGUAUUAAAGAGCAAUAUACUUAAUUAAGUUUUAAGGCCAUCACGUAAAAGUAUUUUCUUCUCGCAACAAUUGAGUAUUUUAUGUCGAUUGAUAUUUUAUAUUGUAAGGAAUAAGAAUUAAUAAGGAAUUGUGACUAUGAGAAACAAUAAAAUGUAUAAUUUGAUAAUAGAAAGUGCGAAUGCCUUACUGGAUGAUUAAUAUUCUUU